UGGAGGCUGAGCGGCCUCUUGUACCCCUGCCCCCUCUGCCCGGCCUUCCAGGGCUGGGAAGCCUCCAUCCACUGCCGGUCUGGGAGGAAGAAGCAGUGGUUGCCCCUGGAGGAGGUCCUGGUGGCAGCUCCAGCCGGGAUGGCAGCUCCAGAAUCUCUAAGGGCCCUGGGGCGUCCAGCCCCACUGCCGGGGGCACCCUAGGCCUCCCACAGCCUACCAUCUGUGUAUCUGCCCCCCAUUCAUCUGUGGGUCACUCGCCAUGGGUGGGUGCUUCUCCAAGCCCAAGCCAGUGGAGCUCAAGAUCGAGGUGGUGCUGCCCGAAAAGGAGCGGGGCAAGGAGGAGCUGUUGGCCGGUGGGAAGGGCAGCCCCCGGGCCUACCAGGGUAACGGCACAGCCCGCCACUUCCACGCCGACGAGCGCCUGCCCGCCCCUCACCCCUAUCCCAGCGCUCAGGACUGUGUGGAGGCUGCCGUCUGCCACGUCAAGGACCUAGAGAAUGGCCAGAUGAGGGAAGUGGAGCUGGGCUGGGGGAAGGUGUUGCUGGUGAAGGACAACGGGGAGUUCCACGCUCUGGGCCACAAGUGUCCGCACUAUGGCGCGCCCCUGGUGAAAGGUGAGCUGUCCCAGGACACACAGGAGGUGGGGUGGGACCUCCCUGAAGGGUGCUUGGGUCCUCCUUGGACCCUCAAGGUCUCAUCUAUCGGUGGGGUCUCCUGGGCUGUGGGGAAGAGCCAGCAACUGCUGGGACACAGGGGAGAGGGGCUGUUGCUGGUGGCCCCAGCCCAGCACUGCCCUCCCCCAGGCGUGCUGUCCCGUGGCCGGGUGCGCUGCCCCUGGCAUGGUGCCUGUUUCAACAUCAGCACCGGUGACCUGGAGGACUUCCCUGGCCUGGACAGUCUGCACAAAUUCCAGGUGAAGAUUGAGAAGGAGAAGGUGUACGUCCGGGCCAGCAAACAGGCCUUGCAGCUACAGCGAAGAACCAAGGUGAUGGCCAAGUGUAUCUCUCCGAGUGCUGGCCACAGCAGCAGCACCAACGUGCUCAUUGUAGGCGCAGGUGCGGCUGGCUUAGUGUGUGCGGAGACACUGCGGCAGGAGGGGUUCUCAGACAGGAUCGUCUUGUGCACGCUGGACCGGCACCUCCCCUAUGACCGACCUAAGCUCAGCAAGUCCCUGGACGCCCAGCCUGAGCAGCUGGCCCUGAGGCCCAAGGAGUUCUUCCGAGCCUAUGGCAUCGAGGUGCUCACCGAGGCCCAGGUGGUCACAGUGGAUGUGAGAAACAAGAAGGUCGUGUUCAAGGACGGCUUCAAGCUGGAGUACAGCAAGCUGCUGCUCGCACCAGGGAGCAGCCCUAAGACGCUGAGCUGCAAAGGCAAAGAGGUGGAGAAUGUGUUCACCAUCCGGACCCCUGAAGAUGCCAAUCGUGUGGUGAGGCUGGCCCGGGGCCGCAACGCGGUGGUCGUGGGAGCUGGCUUCCUGGGGAUGGAGGUGGCCGCCUAUCUGACUGAAAAGGCCCACUCAGUGUCCGUGGUGGAGCUGGAGGAGACACCCUUCAGGAGAUUUUUGGGGGAACGUGUCGGUCGUGCCCUCAUGAAGAUGUUUGAGAACAACCGUGUCAAGUUCUACAUGCAGACAGAGGUGUCCGAGCUGCGGGCCCAGGAGGGAAAGCUGAAGGAGGUCGUGCUGAAGAGCAGCAAGGUUGUGCGGGCUGACGUCUGUGUUGUGGGCAUCGGUGCGGUGCCCGCUACGGGCUUCCUGAGGCAGAGCAGCAUCAAUCUGGAUUCCCGAGGCUUCAUCCCUGUCAACAAGAUGAUGCAGACCAACGUCCCAGGCGUGUUUGCAGCUGGUGAUGCUGUCACUUUCCCCCUGGCCUGGAGGAACAAUCGGAAAGUGAAUAUCCCACACUGGCAGAUGGCUCAUGCCCAGGGGCGGGUGGCGGCCCAGAACAUGCUGGCGCAGGAAGCGGAGAUCAGCACCGUGCCCUACCUGUGGACAGCGAUGUUCGGCAAGAGCCUGCGCUACGCGGGGUACGGAGAAGGCUUCGACGACGUCAUCAUCCAGGGGGAUCUGGAAGAGCUCAAGUUCGUGGCUUUUUACACCAAAGGCGAUGAGGUGAUUGCUGUGGCCAGCAUGAAUUACGAUCCUAUUGUCUCCAAGGUAGCUGAGGUGCUAGCCUCCGGCCGUGCCAUCCGAAAGCGGGAGGUGGAGACCGGCGACAUGUCCUGGCUCACAGGGAAAGGAUCCUGAGCUCGCAUGCAGCAGACUUGGGCAGGCACGCUUGGGCACCAGGGAAAGAGGCCAAGCUCUGGGGGCAGGUGCCAACCUUCCAUUUCCCAGGAUUCCCCAGGGCAGAACCUGAGCCUUCCCAGUGCUUGCCUUCGGUUGCCUGGCUCACCUCCAGAGAGGCUUCUGCUACCUCCAGGAGAUGCUUACCCCCCCCAAGGCCUCAGCUGCCACUGAAGGCUGGCAAUGGAGGCAGGACAGGCCUAUCCUCUUCUCCCUCUCUUGAUACUGGUCCCCUGCAGGACCCGGCAGCAUAUUAGAUAUUAUCUUAAAAUUAAAACGCACACAUUUG